CGGGCUUUGAGAGACACGCAUGCGCUUUGGACAGUCGUUGUGCCUCUGGGAGGUGUGGGGCCUACGUGGGCGUGACGUCACCACGUGCCGCAGCCUGUGGCGGGCCGGUGUAGAGAUGGCGGCCGCCGUGGAGCCGGGGGUGGAGGACCCGCUGUGGAGCUUCGUGCGGGUUCUGGAGAAGCGAGAUGGGACAGUGCUUCGACUGCAGCAGUACGGCUCCGGAGGCGUGGGUUGCGUUGUGUGGGACGCCGCUAUCGUCCUUUCCAAAUACCUGGAGACGCCGGGGUUUUCUGGCGAUGGGGCCCACGCGCUGAGUCGGCGCUCGGUGCUGGAGCUGGGCUCCGGCACGGGGGCCGUGGGGCUCAUGGCUGCGACCCUCGGGGCAGAUGUUAUAGUCACUGAUCUUGAGGAGCUGCAAGACUUGCUGAAAAUGAAUAUUAAUAUGAACAAGCAUCUUGUGACUGGUUCUGUUCAAGCCAAGGUACUGAAAUGGGGUGAAGACAUAGAAGACUUGACGUCACCAGACUACAUAUUGAUGGCAGACUGUAUAUACUAUGAGGCGUCCUUGGAACCAUUGCUGAAAACAUUAAAAGAUCUCAGUGGAUCUGAAACUUGUAUUAUAUGUUGUUAUGAACAACGUACAAUGGGGAAAAAUCCAGAAAUUGAGAAGAAGUAUUUUGAGCUCCUGAAGCUAGACUUUGACUUUGAAGAAAUCCCGUUGGACAAACAUGAUGAAGAAUACCGAAGUGAAGACAUUCAUAUUGUAUACAUCAGAAAGAAAAAACCAAAACCGCCAUCAUGAAACCCUUUUCCAUCUUAGCCACGCCCCCAACAUCCUGGGUAAGGUAAAGAUGUGAACAGAGCAUGUGCAUAUCGCAUGGAAGAUUGCGUUACAGAUUUCUCCAGCAUGUCCUUAGAGAUCUGGUACAUGGAUGACAACUACCGUGGACUGCCCACAAUGUGAAAUGCCUGCCUGCCCGUGGGCUUGAAGUCUAACUUAGGUUUAUUUAGCUCAGCAUCAAGUUCUGCUUAAAAGAAACAUUGACAAUCACUCAAAUAAAAAUUAAUUUUGAGGGUAGCCUUAAGUCUGAAGCAGCGUUUCAUUUUCAGGAAACUUAGAAAUAAGUUGAUUCAAUUUCUGAUGGCAUCUAUUACUGUAUAGUAAUGUUCUGAGAGCUGGUGUCAUGAUGGUGUCUGCCUUUAAUACUAGCACUGGGGAGACAGAGGCUCUCUUGAGUUCCAGACCAGCCUGGUCUACAGAGCAAGCUGGUUUCAUGAAUAAUAAGACUGUCUCGAAGGAAGGAGGGAGAGAGGAAGGGAGGGAGGAAAGAAAGAAGAAAAAAACCUAAAACUAUAGAUAAAGUUGAUCCAAUCCGGCUUCCAGUGAUAGCAUCUCUUAUAUUCUAUUGUUUAAGGUGGAAGCCGUGAAUUCUGUCUUUAAGGUAAAGUUCAAAGGCAGUCUCACUUACAGAGCUGUGCAGUCGAUUCUCUGGUUUCCCUUGUGUUAUGUUUAAUACUUACAUGUUCUUUGAAAAGAAACUGAAAAUAUGUUUUGCACCUUUGCUGGCCAGAGUUGUGUUUUCCUCCAUCACAGGUAGGUGAGUGAACUAGAGUUGAGGGUGCUGUAGCUGGUCACCAAGAAGAUAAGUCAGGAGCCGGGAGCAAGUGCUGUCUCAGACGGAGGUGUGAGGAGAAGCCAGUUGCAGGCUUCUGUGCUUGUGUGGCUCCGGGAGUUGUUCUUAUGUAUUCGAUCCAAGAAAAUCUGAUUUUAAACUACUGAUGUUGACAUCAUAUUUAAAUGAAGUUCUGUGUGCAUUUAUCAAAUGCUUUUUACUGUGUUGUCUCCAACUUUUGUUCCAAUAAUCAUCUGCUCACAUAGACUAGUGUGUCGAUGUCUUGAACACCACCAGUUCCAAAAAGUAGUAACCAGAUGGAAUUCUGGAAUUCACAGUCGUUGGUGCUAGAUGGCACAUUUUAUGUGCUGAAAUAAACAUCGUUUUUGAAACCUGUGGCUCUGCUUCCAAGACGUCUCUGAAGAGAUGAUCACUCAUAGCGAGCAGCUGCUUUCCAGAAAGCAACGGCAGCUCCGGUUAGAGACUUGGAAACAAGAAUGAGUUCAGAACGAUGCUUUCUUCAGUCUUUUAAAGCUUGCUUGCUGUUACGUUUUCAAAAUACUGUGUCCAUGCAUGGCACCUCUUGAAGCAGCUUACCCCAGGCAGGCAGAGGCUGACUGUGCACUGCUUGCAGGCAGCAGCAUAGACGUCAUAGCUUGCUCUGUAUCAUGGAACUGGAGUGAGCACUGACCUUAGACCACUCGGAUUCUCACCCUUCCCACACGCUCCCCAACUCUACUCUUCAUGUGUAGUCCAGCCAACUUAACCCACACAGCAGCUCAGGACUGGCUUCCUGGGAACCACACCCUGCUUGCCCCCCCCCCCCCCACUAGCUAGACCCACUCCUUAACCUGUCCUUCCACAAUCACUGCCUCUGGGGACCUGACCUCGGGGAGUGACAGACUGGUGCUACAUAAUUUGUAACAGAAUGAAGUGGGAUCUUAAAACUCCCAUUUCUGGAGUGAGGCCAACACUGAGCUCUACUGCAGGACUUAGCUAAAGGGCACCCUUCAGAGAACACCUUCGUGCCCACUGCAUCCCACACAGAAGCCUGGGAGGACCUCUAUUGGAAGAGUUCAGUGUUGGGCACAUUUAGGUCUUUUGGUGAACAAGGCCCUGUAGUUGGGACCCACAGGAAGAAGGGCCUAGGGAGUAACUCGUCUGUUGAAGGUCAAGGGGAGACCAAUAUCUCUGCUUAGGCUUGUGUUGUUCAGGGAGAAACUUGGCUGGUUUAGAACAGAGCUUGGGGCAGAACAGCUGCUGUGAGCACUGAAGCAGAGGGUAGAGGAUCUGGCAGCCUGGGAAUUGAUCUGUGAGUUGUGGGCAGGAAGACUUAGCAGCGAUGUGUAUAUCCAUGGAGAGCUACACAGCACACACUGGAAGAUAGAGGCAGGAUCGUGGGUUCAAGGCCGUUCUGGACACACAGGAACAUAUCUCAAAUAGUAGAUGCAACAGAUGAAUGAGGCCACUAGCUGGGCAUCAACCAGUGUACUAGCUGUCUGGCUUCAAGUAAUUGCUAGUGUCUCAGGAAAAUGUUAGAGAUGAAUUGGGAUCCUCUUGAACAAGCAGGGUUUGUUGCUGUGGGCCUGUGGGCAGUGGCGCUAUCACCACUUACCAGAAUGUAGGUGGAAGUCACCUGGGAAGAGAUUGCAGCCCUGCACUGUCUUGUUUUUGUUGCCGGUGUAAGUUUGGGUUUUUUGUUGGUUUUGGUGUUUGGAGACAGUUUCUCUGUGUAGCCCUAGCUGUCCUAGAACCGGGAACUUCCUAGCUCUGUAGGAAGUCUUUUUUGUUUGUUUGUUUGUUUGUUUUUGUUUUUGUUUUUUUUGUUUUAAUUUUAGCUUUUUUUUUCAAGACAGGGUUUCUCUGUGUAGCCCUGGCUGUCCUAGAACUCACUCUGUAGACCAGGCUAGCCUCAGACUCAGAAAUCAGGCCUGCCUCUGCCUCCCAAGUGCUAGGAUUAAAGGCGUGCACCCCCACUGCCCAGCAUAGGAAGUGUUUCUUAAACCAGCUGCACAGUGAGGUCACCUGGAGAAUUGGAAGCAAGCAGAAGCCAAAAGCUAUGUGCUACGCUCAAGCUUCAGUCUAGCCGGAUUAAACAGGCGUGGUAUUGUUACUGGAGGACUCCAAAUAGCUUUAAUGUUUCCUAAAUUGAGAACCAUUGCCGUAAGGAAACCCGAGUCUACUUCCCAAGGGGGAGGCUAGAGAAGGGGAGAGAGCAAACGAAGUUGCUCAGGCCUGUCCUGCAGGGUGGGGCUGGACCUGAAAACCUGUGGAACACCUCAAGAAACCAAAGUCACUGCUAGCUCUGGUUAGAGUGGCCUGUCCUGCAGGGUGGGGCUGAAUCUGAAAACCUGUGGAACACCUCAAGAAACCAAAGUCACUGCUAGCGGCCCGAAAUGUAGGCUUGGGAAGGUCAAAGAGGCACACUGCAGGGAGCAUCACCAAUGACCUGAGUCUCCUCCAUGUUCUGCCUCUGGUUGGCUAACUUUGUUUCUUCUCCCAUUUCUGUCUGUGGAUCAUAGUUGGUAACACUGGGUUGGUUUUAAUUACCUACUAUUUAAAUGCAGGACAAAUUGGUGGUGGGUCUUCUACUUCUUUUCACCCCUUCCUCAGGCUUUCUGGUUAAAUGUGAUGAGUAAGGGUUUCUCACCCCACCCCCUCCCCCAGUGGAGGGUGGACAUAAAAGUAGGAAUGUAGUUCCAAAGGUCUCCUGUAGGUGGCAUUGCACAUCUUUGUCUUUAAAUAGUGUCUAUGGAAAAAGGGGGAGGGUUUUUAAUUGCAGUCACUCUGAGAUUUUUAAAUUUUAACUAAAUUUGGUUUUCAGAACUAGUCUACCCAUUAGGAAGUUCCUUGCUGAAGAAAACAUGGCAGAAGCUAAAUGAGAUUGUUUUCCCAGGAAGUUGUCUUUGGUGUAGCUUUCUUGCAGUUUCUUUCUGUUCAAGCUUUGUCGCUCACGAAGCUGCAUCCACUGUGAUUCAUGAAUCGCUUUUCUGCCAUAGAUCCUGUAUACAAGGAAGAGAGGCCUGUAAAAGUCUAAAUUAGUUCUAAUUAGUGCAGUUCUAAAAAUAAGGUUCAAGGUGAGCUUCAUUUUUAUAUCCGAUGUGCUUAGAAGUACUUAAAACCUCUAAAUCAGUUUUAACUAGUUCUCCAAAUGGGCACUCCUUCUUCAGUAAAGGAGAUUUCACAUCAGAAGACUAAAGCUGUCUGUCAGCGGCUCUCUCACAACCAUGUAAUAUGAUUCUGAAUGGGAAUAUGGUAAAGGCUCAGGCAGGUAAAGGCAGGUGAACUCGUUAAAACCUUAAGAUCCAUGUGGUAUAGAACGCAGACCACCCAGCCACUGAGGUCCUGUCACUUUUAAUUAUAAGAUGCAGUUUACAAAUAGCAUAUACAAUAUGCUAGGUCAAGUCCUUUGUAUGAUAAUGUUUUCUCCCUGUGCAUUUGGAAUAAAGUGUGUCAGAACAAACCUG